AUGCCCUUGCUUCCCUACGAGGCUUCGUUUGCCCUGGACCUUUCAGCUCCGUCAGGAUCCCAUCAAGUCGAGUCGCCUGCGGUGGGAAGCCUGGCAUAUGAUCUCGGCCGGGAUGAGUACGACCGCCACUUCGACGACGCUGCAUCGUUCUCAGGGUGGCUUGCCCAUGAGAAGCGCGAGAAGGGUGUCGAGUACAGCCGCCACAAGGUUGAGAAUGACACGCGGCAGCCUCCGGAGUGGUUGACGAGGACGACGUAUGUCUGCGGUCGGAAGGGGAACGGGCGGAGUACGUACAAACCAAAGGACGGCUCGAACCGCAAGAUAUCCCCGAAGCGAAUCAAUUGCCCCAGCCGCGUGGUUGUCAAGACGUACCCCGGCACGCGCCAGCACCUUGUACGUUAUACUGCAUGCCACAACCACGAGCUCGGCGAACAAAACCUCAAGUUCACGCGGCUCUCUGAUGAGACGAAGGUGAAGAUCAAGAUGAUGGUCAGGCUGGGGAUAGAACGGCAGAAGAUCGUGCGUGCCUUGCUCUAUUCCCUCGCCUUGUCCUUACCAUUGUCCCGUAUAUAG